GGUUUGAAUUUGAGCCAUAAUCCAACGAAAGAAGAAGGAAAAAACUGCAACUCUUUCUCUGCAGCUACAUCAUGAGCAUUGAAGAAACAAACCCAGUGAUCAAAGAAGAAGAAGCAGAAGCAGAAGAAGGAAAAGGAGGAGCAGUGUUGGUUGAACAAGAAGCAGCUCAUCAUCCUUACGCCUUUCAUGUCUCAGGCCCUCGCAAUUUGGCCAACCUUAACUGGAGAGACCUUAUCAGUUCCAGCUGGAAGGAUGCAAAUUAUAAGAGAACAGUCAUUGCUUGCUUCAUACAGGCAGUGUACUUGCUUGAACUUGACAGACAGGAGAACAAAACACAAGAAAAUGCUCUGGCCCCAAAUUGGUGGAUUCCCUUCAAGUACAAACUCACACAAACACUGAUUGAUGAACGAGACGGGUCCAUUUUCGGUGCAAUACUCGAAUGGGACAGAUCUGCGGCAAUGGCUGACUUAGUUCUAAUGAGACCUAGUGGUGCCCCAAGAGCUGUCUUAGCACUGAGGGGAACAUUGCUCAAAAGCCCGACAAUGCGAAGAGACAUCGAAGAUGACCUUCGGUUCCUUGCUUGGGAAAGCUUGAAGGGCUCUGUGAGGUUCAAAGUAGCAUUGGAGGUGCUAAAAUCAGUUUCUGAUGCAUAUGGAAGCAGCAAUGUUUGUGUUGCAGGGCAUUCAUUAGGAGCUGGUUUUGCUCUUCAAGUGGGAAAGGUAUUAGCAAAAGAAGGUGUUUAUGUGGAGACACAUUUGUUCAAUCCACCUUCUGUUUCAAUAGCUAUGAGUCUCAGAAAUAUUGGAGAAAAGGCUGAGUUAGCUUGGAAGAGAGUUAAGUCCAUGCUUCCUUCAAGUAGAGAAGAAGCUGCUCAUGACAGCAUUGAUGGAGACAACAAGAGUUUGAAGAGUUGGAUACCGCGACUACCGAGCUUGAAGAAUCCUGGUUUUGGAGUGGGAAAAUGGGUGCCUCAUCUGUAUGUAAACAACAGUGACUAUAUUUGUUGCUCUUAUAACGACACUAAGAGCACCUCAGGAGGAAAAGAUGAUGGUGACAAGGAGAAUGUCGGUCCGGCAAAUAGUCAAGUUGCUGCGAAGCUGUUUGUUGUCACCAAGGAAAAGCAGAAGUUUCAUGAAGCUCAUGGCCUGGAACAAUGGUGGUCAGGUGAUGCACCUCUUCAGCAGGCUAUCCAUAGUAGCAAACUCAUAAGCAGGCAGCUUAAGUCUUUAUAUACCAGUGGUGCUCCUUCCGAAGUAAUGCAGGGAAAGCCUCGGUAACAAUGGACUCAUGGCAUGUUUGGAUCAGUUUUUCGUUUCUCAUAAUCAAUUCUGGCAUCUAGAAGUUACUCACGGAAGCUUCUCCACAGAAUUGAUUUUGACUUCAGAAUCGAUUGUAAAAAGAUUGUCAAACAUGCACUUACUCCUAUUGUUUGCAAAAUGAGUGUGUUGAUUCUUGAUUUUUACUUUUGCUUGUGUUGAUAUCUAGUUAUACCUUUGGUUUUUUUCUCAUUUUUUUGAGCAAAUUGUAUCAAUUUUUGACAUUAUAAUAUAUAAAGUGAUUCUUCUGUGAUUUCA